AUGAGCUCCCAGGAUUUCUACUUAGUACUGGCCCCUUGCAGAUACUCUCCUCGCGGUUGCAAAGCUGGGUUCGCAGAGGGGCCUAGGAACGGAAUCCUUCGACGGAGAAUGUCGACACUCAUGUCUCGAGCCAUGCCGAAUUCGAAGGACUUCCGAGCUUUCUUCCUGUCUCGCAGUACGAUCGCAUCGUGGAGGAAGGUUUUACGGCGCCUGGGGGAUGACAUCCCUCCAUGUCCAGAAGAUCUCACUGAGCCACAGUAUGCUAGCUUGCUGUUUGAUACGUUCUGCAUGUGGGACAUCUCGUCGUUUCGCAACCUCAGACUUCAAGAUGCGAUUAAGAUUCUGCGCAGCUUCACAUGCCACGGACGUAUGGAAAAGAAAUUCCACGGGGAUGUUGCAACUACGGCCUUCAAGAUCAUUCCGAGCUACGACGGUCGUGCGGUUCGAGUUAGUGCUUCAGAGCUCUUACCAACAGCAGAAUUCGACGCCAACAAUCACACCGAGUCGCAAACAUAUUUCCGCCCCGAGCUACAGUUGGCUAUCCAGGAAAUCCAAACUUUCUGGAGUUUAAAGGCGGAGUCACCAGAAGAAUUCGAAGUCUUCGUGAGGGACCGUAAUCUGCGCGCUACAGUCGCAAUGAAUGAAGGAUCGGCGAUACAGUCCUGGAUUUCUCGUUACAAAGAAAGGCGAUCAAAAGAAAUGGCUGAUCAACGCCUCACAAGGAUCAAGCAAGAGAUGAAUAAACUGGGUUGGGAAGAACAAUACUUUCCCAGCUGGUGUGAUUCCGAUCCAGGCGAUCGCAGGAAGUGGUGCCGUUUUAUGUACCAAACCAAGGAAUUGACCGAUCGUGGUUGGAGCUUGAUUCGUCCCAAAAUGACGGCAAUCUAUGAGCGUCGCAAGAAGGAACAGUUAAGCAAGGUCUUGUGGGGCCAAAUCAAGGACCGCUGGAUGGAGUAUCGCUUGGCACAUCCCCCCGGGGUACGGCGCCGUAUGCCCGGCUGGGCUGAAGUAGAAAAGCUGUCAAUCAUCGCAUCCUUCGUCUCCGAAAACUAUGCCAACUGCUCCGACGCAGCUAUGGCUGGCCUUAUGGAAUCGAUCGUUAAGGGAACUGAGGACUUUUUUGCUUCCGUUGAAAUCGAUUUGGAGACGGUUCUCGUCGACUCGGCCCGACUUGAUCCGGGAGAGACGGACAAAGACCCUGGAGUCUCUUUGCUUGCCAUGGCGGGAUGCGUCUUCGUCUGUGAUCCGGGAGACAUUUUGGGUCCUGCUGUCAUCAAAGCGUUCCCAGAACUCGUCGAGUACCUCGUCGAUUCCAACCCAUUGAAGCCGUGGAGCGAAAUUUGUCCCAAAGCCGACCUAAUGCUUCAUGCUGUCGUGCAGGAUGUUCUUAACGCUCUGAGGCUUCCAGCCGAUACUACGAGGAGCGACGUUCUAUCUCUUGGCCCCGUUACAUGUAAUUGCUCCCACCAAAACUACCGCGGUGCGAUCACUUUCGACAAACUUGUUGAGCAUGUCUACGAAGAACAAAGAUGGUACGCUGAGGCUCUAAUGAAAAGCUUGGCUAUCUCCAACUCAUCACAGGAGCUUUUCUGGAACACUCACUCGACAUCUAGUCUCCCCUCUCUUAUUAGUUGCUGCUCGGAACUUGCCGAAGUGUCUGGAAACAGGAGAUCGCCCUACUACCUCGACGAUUGGGCACAAUCAUCCUCAUCUGACGCACCUUGCAACACUGCACCUCAAGUUCCCAGUAGUAGUUCCGGGACUGCCAUCUCUGACCUACUGGCCAAACCACUCUAUUGUUUAUAUUGCUAUGAAAUGGCGAGAAUAUUUUAUCCACUCCGUACCGAAGAGGACGCAGACUGGCAUAUGCGUUACAAGCAUGAGAGGUCGAGGACUCCGAUGGACCUCGAUUCGCAGACAAACCUCGAGGAGAGAUUCACCUUUGGAGAGAGAUUGGCCCUCAGCCACCACUGGACGGAUUGGAUGGACUUCGACAAUUCUUUCUUCAAGCCGAGCCCUGGAGGUGACAUCAACUUCGAGAGAGAUUUUGGACGAUGGUUCGCGGAUCCAGAAGAACAAGUAAAAGGAUGA